AUGGAGAUGAAGAGCAAGAGCAAGAGAAUGAAUGAGGCGAGAAGGGGAGAGCAGAGAGAUUACUGGAGAGAUGGAGGAUGGAGAUUGAUUGAUGCGAAUGGAGAUGGGAAUGGAGAUGGAGAUGGAGAUGGAGAGAUGGAGGGAUGGAGAGAUGGAGAAAAAGAAGUAUGGAGAAGGCAAAGGAGGCUUGCUGUCGAAGUGGCGAGUCUCUUUCUCUUGUCCAUCUUGUCCAUCUUGUCCAUCGUCUUGUCUUGUCCCAUCUCUUAG